AUGUCAGUAAACUGGUUUUGGAUCGUUGGCUGGUUAGUGACUGUUUUUGGCCUUAUGGGAAAUGCUUGGGUUAUUUUAAUCAUUGCUAGACGAAAACGAUUACACACAACUGCCAACUGGUUUAUUUUAUCGCUUGCUGUUGCUGAUUUCAGCGUAACAAGUGGAUACUUCCCAGCUUCCUUUGUUUGCAACGUAAACGUUACGUGUAACGAUGUCAUACGCUUUAAUUUUGUCUCCUUUUUCACUGAACCUUCAAUGUUCGCUUUAAUGGCGAUGAUUGCUGAACGUUACAUUGCCAUCGUCUAUUGCUUAAAAUACGUGCGUGUCAUGACUAAAAAGAAUAUCGUCGCUAUGGUCGCAGCUUCGUGGGGAAUUCCAACUUUUCUGUUUGCUGGUCGAUGGGUACAGAGCAAGUACUACCACAGGCUGUCUGUCAGAGGAGAACUCAUACUCACAAUCUGUUAUACAAUGUUAUUUGAAGUUACACCAACAAUAAUUCUGGUGACCGCUACUUUACAUAUCCUUUUAAUUUCACGAAAGAUAUCUGUUGAAAUGUCAAAGCUAUUAAAACAGGUUCGCUUCAAUCAAGCUUCAAGUUCAGUAGGAGUGAGGGCUCCUAAAGUAGGUGUGAAAAAGUCAAUAGUAUGGCUUGUGGUAGUGGUUGUGGCUGUUUUCGUGACUUGUUAUGGAACUGAAAUCUAUAUUACAAUCUGUGAUACGUUUCAACUUUGUGAAGUGACUGUGGAUACACGAUCAGCUUUUUCAGUGCUCCUUCUAGCGAAUUCUGCCCUAAAUCCUCUGGUUUACGCUGUUCUUAAGCAAGACAUAAAAAGAGAAACGAAAGGUUUGCUAUGUUGCAGAGCCGUGAAAACCGACCGCAUAAACUGA